AUGGACAAGUUGUCGGCUAGGAAGCCGCGGAAGAGCGCACCAAAGUCUCGAUCAGGGUGCUUCACAUGCAAAGCCCGCCAUAUUAGAUGUGACCAGAAGAGGCCGGAGUGUGAGAACUGCACCUUGUCGAACAGAAAAUGCCUGGGUUAUCCCAUUCCUCCACCCAACACUGCUUCAGGUGCACAGAGCUCACCUCACGACCCAAGCUCUAUUGCCUCUUACCACAUCCCCUUUAAAGUUCCUGGGAGCCAAGCCGACAGACAGCUCUUACACUAUUACUGCUCUCAAGCAGCAUGGAACCUCUCCAGCUACGCCGACCCGACCUUGUGGACCGAACUGAUUCUCCAGCGAUGUCAAGAUCAACCUGUCAUCCGCAAUGGCCUUGUCGCCCUGAGCUUUCUGCACAAGAACUUUGUUUCUGGGUCGUUGACCGAGAGUCGAAAGGCCAAACCGAGUUUGAACGUGGAGACCAUGACCAUGGUCAGCAAAUGCUACGGGCAAUUGAAGAACUAUCUCGCGCGGUCUGAGGCCUUGCCGGAUGUCGCGUUGGUUUGCAGCGUGAUAUUCUACUCUCUGGAGUCACUCCUCGGUGAUAUUCGGCAGGCGAUAUCCCAUCUCGACAGCGGGCUGCGGCUGCUGAAGCGAACCAAAUCAGAAGCAAAAUGGGCCACUGAGCCGUUGCUUGUGCACUUGACGCAUCUCUUCGAACGUCUGGACGUUCAAGCAAGUUGCUAUGACGAUCUUCGCAUUCCGGUGCUGGAGCUUGUGUCUCCCCAAGAGACUCGAGGAACAUUGUCGGUCGUGCCAGAUUCGUUUCGAAAUCUCGGUCAUGCUGAACGCGUGCUGGUGAAACUUCAAAAUUGGACUCUACGUCAGUUGAUCAGCCACGUUCAGCAUAAAGGCAAAUCGUCAGAUGAAUUUCCUCAGGACUUAUGGCGCGAACGAGUGGUCCUUCGCGAGCAAUAUGAGAAAUACCGACAGGCGCUCAGCAUCCUCGAUCACCACCCCGAGAACUCACCUUUGGGUAUCCCGCAGACGGGCAGCCAAGAGGACCGGAGGAAACUUCGGCUACAACAGUUCUUACUCUUGCAGAUAAGCUUCCACACCUUUUACAAUCUUAUCGAGGAGAACGUUCAUGCCGCCGAUAUCGCCGGGUGCUCUAUCAAUGGCGAAGACACUCUCAGGACGGCUCUUUCCGAAGUCCUGGACCUCCUCUCACUGGCAAGCAAGUCAGCAUCACACUCUGCCAGUGCAUCAUUCCCACUAGCCUCGCCCUCACAGCGCACCUAUACGCUAUCCACAUUCCUCAUCGGGACAUUAUACUUCCUGUGUCUCAAAACCACCAGCCAAGAAACAUUAGCCACGUCUUACCAGCUGUUCUCCCACCCUCUGCUCAAGAACUCGCGCGAUGGUCUCUGGGACUCCAGCAUGGCGGAGAUGGUGGUAAAGAAUGUGAUCAAGAUCCGCGAUCGGGACAUCGGUGUGAGCGCGCCUGAUAUUGUCGUAGAAGAGACGUCAGGGGCAGCGGCGACGUCAACUUUCAACAUUGAAGAUUUCAGCUCGGGCGAGGAGACAGACUAUCUCAACCUGGAAUUCUCCUCGUUGAUCACCAGUGAGUCGGAUCUGAUUGACGAUGCAGCUGCAUUCUUCGUUCCCGACGACUCUCUUCUGUUCCCAAGUGACAACGUCGCGCACGGCUUGUCUCUGUCAGCCUCAGGCACGAGUUCGCCAUAUCUGUCCGAAGAUUCGUCCCUAAGUAGCAGCGGCGAGAGAACUCUACCAUACGCGAACAGCCAGCCAGCCGAACACUUAAAUCUGCAUCCAGGGCACGGAUAUUCGCAUGCUGGCCUCGUUGCUGACAGCCAUCCCAGGCCUGAGAACCACCAAAUACAAUACACGGUAGGCGAGACACCGGCUUCAGGUUCUGGCCAGUACAUGCAGACUCGGCGGGAGAUUCUACCUGGGUCAGAAAUCAAUAGCAACAACUUCACACGGCAAUCCACGGUGCCAACGGGUUUGUCGCCCCAAAGAGGAAGGUUAGAAGACUUCGCGCUAGGUAUCGUGGAUGCGGACGGUGGACUAGAGGAGGCUGCCAAGAGAGUUGCGGUGUUGUCUAUAUAA